UAUUGUCGAAAAACCCAACCAAUUUAGGGUUUUUCGUACACUUUUUUUGACAACCAAAUUCUGCAAGAAGAACCCACACAAUGGACGAUGGCUUAUGGCAUCGGACACAGGCCCUGAAUCUCUAUACCUUCGGGCGUGAAUUGAAGAACGACGAUGCAAGCCUUACCCAAAGCCAAGGGGAGUCUUCAUUAAACCCCGAGGCCAAGGAGUUUGUGCCUUCGCAUAAGAGCUUGAAAGUAAAGGAAUUUGUACCCUCACAUAAGAGCCCAGAGGUGAAGGAGUUUGUUCCCUCGUAUAAGCAGAAGUCCGAGGAGAAGAAGACAGAGUCCACAUCGAAACCAACAUCGUCGCGUCGUGAGGCGAUAGGUGAUACCGAUGGCAAAAUAUCGCAGCGCGAUAUGCAGUAUAUAAAUAUCCAAAGGCAGAUCUUUGAGCUCCUCACCGAGCUGGGUGAUGAACAGAUACCCCUGGACACCGUAGUUGUGGCUCUCUUGCCCAAUGGCCGGGGUCUCAAUCUAAAGUUUACCACCAAGGAGUACGUCGGUGGCAAGAAUCAGCUGGACGAGGAAUUGUGCAGCAACACUUGCCUCACUCUGCAUGUCAACGAGCCCGAGGAGUUUGCCAGCAAGCCGGAGAAUGUGUUGGUUAAUCAAUUCCUCAUUCGCAUGAACGAUCAUCUGAGCGAAAAGCUGGAGCACACCGAUGCCGUAGCGGCGCCCAAGUGUCCGAUAAACAGGAAUCGCAGCUACACGGAGCUGGAGAUCGAGCAACAGAUCGAGGGGAUCAAGGUGUUUGACAACUUCUUCAACUACACCGAAUCGAUGCUCAACCAGGAGAGGGUCACCCAAAAGGCCUUCAAGGAGCUGUUCCACAGUCUUGGAAUGAUUGCCCACAGAAGCUGUUCAGCCACACCGGUUGGGAGUCCCCGCAAAUCGAUUCUGCCUCCUUCGAAAGCCGCCAAAAUCGAUGAGGAUGAGCAGGAGGCAGAGGAGGCCUACGCCUCCAGCAACGAGUCCGAGUCUGAGGGUCUUCGCGUCAAACAACUGGAAAGGGAUCUACGAGGCAAUCAACUGGAAAGGGAUCUUCGCAAGUAUAUGAGGGACAAGCUCUACCGCAUUGAGGAUGACAAUGGUCUGCAGCUGGUGAACCAACUCAGCGACGCAGAUCUGCAAGAAAUGAUGCCGAAUGACUUCGAAAUGGCUGGGCCACCAUCCACGCCAGCCAUCUGCCAGACGGGCCAGGGCAACACACCAUCCUACAAGUCCCCCGGACGCAAAAAGUGUUUCAUGCAUUCAACACUGAUGUCUCCAAUACCGGCAGCUCGCUGCCAGAAGGAAAGGGUGCCCUCAACGACACAGAAAUUGCGGCACUGGGGCUGCUCCAUAGGCAGCCCCUCAUUUGCAGUGACCAAGAAGCUGCAGGCAGAGCUCCAGCCACAGUUCAUUGCCACUGGAGUGCGCACCAAAACCCAUCAGCGAAUGGCCAAAUCGGGAGUAUCUGGAUCUCAGCAGCUGCGAUCUCAGCACGCCAGCAGCGUGGCAGCAGCGUCUACGGCCAGUCGUGUGGUCAAGACCAGUACCAGUGGCAGUAUCAUAGUCAGUGACAGGGCUGCUGCCGCUGCUGCGGGUGCUGGGGCUGCGGUUACACAGAAGCAGCGAUCGAAUCUCGCCGGCCAAGCGCCUGGUAACGACCAUGCCACCAAUGCUGGAGGAGUGUCUGCCCCCAAGCAAAAUAAAUCUCAAGGGGUCCCAAAAAAGAUGCUGCCACGUAGCACACAGACUUCGUUGAUGCGUCAGUUGGAGGUCAAGCGGUUAUUUUAUCCACAGCGGCUGAGUCUUAUGCACGGCGACAGCGACCACGAUUUGCUCUUCAAUGAGUAUCUCUUCAAGUAAUUAUUUGACAUCAAAUGCAAUGUACGUGUUAUGUUUACGUUACUAAAAGUGUUAUCCGCCGAUGUACUUGGCACUUCACCCAA